AUGCCCCUGCUACAAAAGCCAGGAGCUCCUGAAACUCCACAGCAGUCUGAAGGCACGGACACCCAUCUUACCUCCUCACACGACCCAUCGAUACCAGUCGUCUCCCAGCCUCCUCCUUCCAGUACACCCAGUAAAGAAAGAGCCCCAGAGGUUACCUACGUCACCAAGGUGCACACCUAUUUCCACAGUGUCAAGCCACCCAGGGCUAAGACACCCACAUCAAAUCAGGCCCAAGAAACUGUCAAACAUGAAGACAAAAGGCCUUUUUCUCCAGCGCCUGAAACAAGCCACUCUGAACCAUCUCCAGAACAGACACCCACUCAGCGUGAUGACAGCAAGGCCACAGCUCCUGCACCAGAACCUCCCCUCCUUUCUGCCACAGAGGCAGAGCCUCCUAGUGAAGCUGCCAAACCUGCUCCUACCGAAGAGUCCAUCCAGGCCCCAUCACCCAAGCCCAGCCCCUCCGAUGCCCACGCCGAUAAGCCUAUGACCCAUGGAAGUGACACCGAAGCAACUGGAUCAGAGAGAGCUGCCGAGUUACCCAAGAAAGAGGGCGACAUCCUAAAACCGUCAACAGCCAACUCACCCUGUGGCCAACCUCAGCCCGUGACAGCAACCCCAACACAAGCUGACAGCAUCGGGGCCACCUCCACAGACAGCAAGGCAGAACAAGCCAUUGAAUCCCAGUUGACCCCCAGCCUACCGAACACCAGCCCUCCCCUCAAAGCUGAGCCAGCAUUACCACCAGCAGAAGAAACAAAACCUCCCGGCGCCAACACCAGCGGCUGGAAUCGCCUCAGGAAGCACUUGAUGGUGCACUCCGAAGCACCGAACUUCCCAGAGCCCAAGCCAGCAAAGCUGGGACAGGAGGACAAGAGCAAGGAGGAGGACAGCUCUCAAGCCAUCGUCAGUCAAGACCACCGGCUGUUCAAAUCCAGAGCCACAAGGAUGUGGGAUGCUAUUUUAUACCAGGUGACGGUCAACAAGGAGAAGAAGCAGCAAGCAGAAGAGAAGAAGCCACGGAAGGAAGAACACUUCUUUCUUCCCCGCCGCUUGCCCAUCCUUCUACACAAGCCCCGCUUCGAUGCUCGGAAGCUGAAGGAACUGGCUGCCAAACCCAUGACAAAGAUCAGCACUAUGUUCGAGGUGAGCCGCUUUAGACCCGAAGCGGCUGAGAAGCACGCCAACAGCUUUAACAGAACGGCAUCGGGAUGGUCGGGCAACUGA